CUGGCCUGCUGAAUGGGUUGGGGCCUUCUCUUGGAUCAAGAGUCUCUUAUUAGAUCAAGGUCUCUUAUUAGACUUCCUCAUUCUUUCUCAGACCUCAGGCUGCAUGGUGGCAGCUGAUGAAAAUAUCUAAAAGAUGAAAAGAGACGAUUGAGCCUGGUGAGGGAAGGGGGAGACAGGCGGUGAAGUGGUGCUCAAGAUGGAUGCAGAGGACUCCGGGAAUGAGUUCCCCAGGUCAGAAGGAGAAAGAGACCAACAUCAGAGACCUGGAAAGGAACGGAAGAGUGGGGAGGCAGGAUGGGGCACAGGUGAGCUGGGACAAGAUGGGAGACUGCUGUCCUCCACCCUCUCCCUCAGCAGUAACAGGUCCUCGAGCCAGCGCCGGAACUCUCCGCUGCCCUUUCAAUGGAGAAUCACACACAGCUUCCGCUGGAUGGCCCAGGUGUUGGCUUCUGAGCUCAGCCUGAUUGCCUUUAUCCUACUAUUGGUCAUGGCCUUCUCCAAGAAAUGGCUGUACCUCUCUAGGAGCCGCUUCUACCAGCGCUGGCCCGUAGAUGUCAGCAACAGAAUCCACACAUCAGCCCACAUAAUGUCCAGGGGGCUCCUGCACUUCUGCAAAUCAAGGAGCUGUUCUGACUUAGAGAAUGGGAAAGACAGUUUUAAGCUGUGGACAAAUCAGCCCAUGUUUAAGGUGGCUAAGAUAAGCUUCAACCUGACCCUGGGGCUGGGCCUCGUCCUCACCAUCUGGUUGCACCUACCCUACCUGCCCGCUGUUCAGAAAUUGCCCUUUGUCGGCUUGGUCGGGACCAUCUUGAGCUUCUGUGAAGUCACCUUCAUCUUCUCCACCCUCAUGCUGUUCCCCAUUAACAUCUGGAUCUUCGAGGUGGAGAGGAAUGUAUCCAUCCCCAUCGGCUGGAGCUAUUUCAUUGGUUGGCUGGUGCUUAUCCUAUACAUCACCUGCGCGAUCCUUUGCUACUUCAACUAUAAAAGUUUCUGGAGUCUGAUUCUGAGCCACCCCAGUGGCGCCGUGUCCUGCAGCAGCAGUUUCCGCUCAGUAGAAGAAUCUCCAAGGGCACAGACGAUCACAGACACCCCCAUCACCCAGGAGGGAGUCCUGGAUCCUGAGCAGAAGGAGACACACGUGUAACCUUUUCUGAACUCCUGGCACCAAGUUCUGUCCAUUCAUCUGACCCCAUCUCCUCAUCCUCCCCCCAGCCCUUGAAUAGGUUGGUCCUCAUCAUUGCAAGGAAUGAGAAAGGGAGGAUUUUGCACUCCUCUGCUUUCUCUCUGCCUUGAUUGAGCUUGAGCGAUGUGGAAUAAAUUGUCCGUCUCUUCUUUCUCA